CCCACGCACACGGAAUUAUUCAAUGAAUCUAACGAUACCUCGGGAGCGGCAACGAGGUAGGUGACGACGAGUGGGAAGAGGUAUUCUGGCUCGAAGCAAGUGCUGCGCGCAGCUCGCAUGGCUACGCACGCGCGAACGCAAUCGGAUAUCUUAGGAGCCCGCUGACCACCAAAAUCAUCGGUUCAGAAUCAUAACCAAACAGCCAGAUUGCGGCCCAGUUGCAAGCAACGCGAAUGCACGCCAAUCGCAACACAACCGAAGGCCAGUGUCGCUACGAACUGAAUUCAAAAUUCGCGCGCGCGAUAUUAUCGCUGGGCGGAUCGCCCCCGCCCGCCCCCGGAGUUCGUCAAUUACUUUAAAUAAAGAAGACCGCCUGCAAAAAUCGGCGCACGACCCGAACUGCCCUCCAGUCUCGCGCUGUCUUUGCAGCGGCGACGCUGGGGGCUGCCAGCGAUCUACACGCAUACGUGGGAAACCCUCGUCCAGGGGAGUGGCCCCUGGCGCAGCAACACCAGCCCUCGGACCCGCGCCCUGCGGCACGGGGCCCGCUCACCUGUAGAUGCCGUAGAAGCACUCCUGCGCCGGGUCCGGGUCCGACAGUUCCGUGGCGUCCGUGACGCCGGCGUCUCUGUAUGCCUCUGGCGGCUUCUCGCCUUUCGAGGUCACCGCGCAGGUGACGUUCAACGUCCAGGGCUGGCUCGGCCAGCAGUCCUUGCAGUGAGACACGACACACCAGCGCCCCUGUCCUCCAGGCACCUCGCUGGGAUAGCACCUGCCGUCCACGAAAGGCAGGUAGUCGUCGCCAUCAGAGUCUCCCAUCUCGAAUCCCCGUUCGCGAAAAGGCACCCGAUUACCAAUGAGCGUCCACAUGACAACUUGCUCCGUGUUCUCAGACCUGUCCCCAAUGAGCGCGAGCAUUGCAGACAGAGGCUCUGCGUCUUGCAUCACGGCCUGCAUGGCAGGGUAAACUGCUCCAAUCGACUUCUCGAGGUACAUUCGUGGAAGCGCCAUGACCUUGUCGUUGACGCCCCCCCACCACUGACAGUGCUUGAUGGUUACCUCUGUGAUUGACAUGAGCUUUUCUGGAAUCACUGGCCGCAGAGCGAUCGUGUUCUCGCGCACCUUCACCACGACAUCGUACUGACGCCCUGCAGAUUUCUCGCUCUUUUGAAUAAGCUCAGCGCAGUCUAGCUGGUGCCUCGUCUGGCUAAGGACAUUGGCUAUGUGUUUCCUGCGGGCGGCACGGGCUGCUUCGUCGGCGUCGCCAUGUUUGAACAAGUACAGCUUCGGCCAUCUCUCUAGGGUGACGUUUUCAGUCAAGUGCGGCCCGAACACGCCAUCCCUGAAGUAUGGCGCAAACGCCUUCCUCACCUCCCCCUCGUCCAGCUCCGAACUGCCGCAGAAGCUGGCGCCCGAAUUGUUCGCUGUCCCGGGGUUGUUGAAGACACCGUCGCCGCCACUCUCCAGAGACAAAAACACAUCUACGUUGGUGCUCCUGGCUAGCGGCUUGAGGAUGUUCUGCACCUUGCUCUCGAUCUCCAGCCGCGACAGCUGGCCCAGGAUGCAGACUGCUGCGCCAAGGCCGGGAGCGCUCGCGGCAUCGGCAGCAGGGUCGACGGAGGUGGAGAUUGUGAGAGGCGGCGGCAUCGGCAGCUCUGCCUCCCCUCGGGGCGAACGCGCUCGCCGCGCAGAGGCCAGCGCCGAAGGCGCCCGCCACGCCCACGGCGGCGGCGGCGGCGAGCGCGGCGGCGCCCCGGCCGCCGAGCGAGGAGAGGCCCCGGCCCGCCGGGGCGGCCAGCGCCGGGGCGCCAGCGGCCGCCUCCGUGUCGCUGUCGUGCGGGGAGGCGGCCACGAGCAGCCCCUGCGUGGCCAUCUCGCGGGGCGAUUCACCGCCCCCCCCCCUGCCUUUUAGUGCGGAUGCGAAGGGACCUGCUGAUUACCCAGAUCUCCGACAUCCUUCGCGGGCGGGAGUCUGGACCAUCUUGGACCAGGUCCGGACAUUCUUCGCGGGCGGGAAGCAUGUCCACGUGCACGGCCUGGCGGGUCGUGCAACUAACUGGGCCGCCAGCCCGCGGAUGUUUCACGGAAGCCCCGCGCGGACGCGGGGUGUCCGUGCGGCCGCGCAUACGGCCUCGCGCCCUCCAGCCCGCGAGGCU